UCCGGCGACUCUGUUCGCGCAGCGUUGAGCUAGGCGGGCUGCUGAUGGUUGGGCAUAGGCCGUCUGUGGUGAGGAAGGCGUGAUUUGGAGGAAGAAGGAGGGAGUCCAAGGCCGGUUUUAGUCGCGGUCACCGAUGGGGCCGCUUAAGGGCCGGGCUGCGCGGUUCUCAUCCGUCUAGACCGCCCGACAGGCCGCUGGGGCCGGCGGUGCCCGCGCGGAGCAGCCGUGGUCCUGCUGGGAGGGCGCGUCCGCGGGGUCUUUGUGGCCAUUGUGCUCGCCUGUCCCUCACUGUGCAAGCGGCCCUUGUGACUUUUCUCCCAAAAGAAAAGAGUUUUUGCUGUUGGGAGCGGCCCAGGCUCCGCCCCGUCACUCGCGGCCUCCUGGACCCGACCGGUGAGCGUUGUGGAAAGUUGGUUCAGCGGGGCCUGUGUUUCCUUUCGUUGGGGAAGAGGCUGUUUCAUCUGAGAAUGUGGCUUUGUCUGCGCUCGUCUUUUAUUCCGGACACACUGUCUUAGUAGGCAGAUUCUUAAGUUGCACUGAAGUGGUCUUGGCAUCAAAUUUUGCAUCAGGCAAGUUUCACCAUCAGUGUCCCAGGAUGGCAGCCAUUGAUUUGACCCAUGAUCUUUCUAGAGAUCAUUUCCCCCUUCAUGAGGAAAACACAGAGGCAGAAAGGAUGGUGGCUGUCUGGCUGAAAAAUUAUCAUCGGAUUGCAGUGACCUUUGACGAUGUGGCAGUGGACUUCACCCAGGAGGAGUGGAUGUUACUGGACCUCGCUCAGAGAAACCUGUACAGAAGCGUGAUGCUGGAGAACUACCAGAACCUGGUCACAGUAGAAUAUCAACUGUCGAAACCUAAGCUGAUUGCUUGGUUAGAACAAGAGCUCAGGGCAGUGGAGCAGAGUGUUUUCCAAGAAUGGGAAACAGGACUUCAAACUAAAGGGUCAGCAUCUCACCAUGAUUUUUUUGGAGGAAAAACAGCCAGUGAAAUACAGAAAGAGAGGACCCACCAUGGAGCAGAACUCUCUGACUGUGAGCAAAGUGGGAAAGUCUUGAGGAAACACUUCAACCUUAAGACACACGUGAGAACUCAAUAUAGAGAGAACACUUUUGAGUGUCACCCGUAUCACAAUGGCUUCCUUACUCCGCAAAAGAAAAACUGCACUAGAGAGAAGCUUUCCAAGUUGAAUCAGUGUGGUAAAACUUUGAGCCAGACUCCACAUAUCGUGUAUGAGAGAACCAGCCUGGCAGAGAAGUCUCUGGAAUGCAGCGACUGUGGGAAGACGUUCAUUAGUCACUCCCACUUUCAGGCGCACAUGAGAACUCACAGUGGAGGAGAUCUCGAUGAAUGGAAGCCGUUUAUAAGAGCGUCAGUUUUCUCAGCAGGCCAUACUGAGCACGUGCAGACACAUACUGCUCCAGAACCCCAUGAACGUAAACAAUGUGGGAAGUCUUACACAGAUUCCAAGUGCCUCAAUAAUCACAUCAUUCGACUUCACGCUGGAAUAAAACCCUUUGAAUGUAGUGAAUGUAGGAAAGCCUUCACUACGUCCUCACGCCUUUAUGUGCAUUUGAGAAUUCACACUGGAGAGAAACCCUAUCGAUGUAAAGAGUGUGGGAAACACUUCCAGUGGCCCUCACUCCUUCGCAAACAUGUUCGAACUCACAGUGGUGAGAAGCCCUAUAAAUGUAAGGAAUGUGGAAAAGCCGUCAGCCGUUCGUCCGUUCUUAAUGAACAUUUAAGAAUUCACACUGGAGAGAAGCCGUAUAAAUGUAAGGAAUGUGGGAAACGUUUCGCUUGGCUCUCGGUCCUUCGUAAACAUGUUCAAACUCACAGUGGUGAGAAGCCUUAUAAAUGUAAGGAAUGUGGGAAAUCCCUCAGUAGUUCCUCAAUUCUUAAUGAACAUUUGAGAAUUCACACUGGAGAGAAGCCGUAUAAAUGUCAGGAAUGUGGGAAAGCCUUCACUAAUUCCUCACGACUUAGUGUACACUUGAGAACUCACACUGGAGAGAAACCCUAUCAAUGUAAGGAAUGUGGGAAAGCUUUCGUUUGGCCCUCAGUCCUUAAAAAACAUUUACGAACUCACGGUGGAGAGAAGCCCUAUGAAUGUGGUGAAUGUGAGAAAGCACUUGGUAGUUCCUCAUAUCUUCAUGAACAUUUGAGACCUCACACUGGAGAGAAACCCUUUCAAUGUGGUGAAUGUGGGGAAGCCUUUAGGACUUUCUCCUAUUUUCAUAGCCAUUUGCGAAAUCAUUCUAGAGAGUAAGCACUCUGGGCAAGCUUUCACUACUGCUUUCAUCUGGAGCCAACACUAAGAAUCCACACUGGAGAGAAGCCCUGUUAAUGUAAAGAAUGUGGGAAAGACCUCACUUGGUCCUCCAACCUUCACAAACAUAUACAAACUCACAGUAGAGGGAAGCCCUAUGAGUGUACAGAGUGUGGGAAAGCCUGCACUACUUCCACAACUCCAGAUACACAUUUGAAGUCCCACUGGAGAGAAGCCCUUUGAAUGUACACACAGAGAGGAGACCACUGUUUGCUCAAGCUUAACUCCAUGUGUAAAAAUUGGCACCACAGAGCAACUCCUUGGACAUAAAGGAUAUGGGAAAGCCUUCGCAUCAUGGUCACAACACCUAAAAAUGCAUCACAGAUAGGUAUGCACAGAAUAAUUGUGACCAAAUUUGUUAUCCAGUUCAUUUCAAAAACAUGAACACCACAUUGUAGGGAAACUGUAUGAAUAUGAGGAAUGUAGAAAAGUCUCCAGGUGUCCCAUUGAAUACAUGAAAGAACUCACUAAUUAGAUGCCCUAUGAAGUUAAGCAAUGUGGGAAGGCAAUCGGUCUCCUAAAAACCAUGCUGGAGAAACAGUGAAGUGGUUAAAUGUAAGAGAUGUGUGGAACUCAGCUUACAGGGUGGGUUUAUAGAUCUCCUUUGAACAUGAGCCCCUCUUCCCUGACCAUUUUUGGGAAGGGUCUGGCUUUCUGCCCCUGAGAGCAAUGCUAGUCUAGUUUCUACACCUGGAUUGCAGCCUGGCCCCAAGUGCGACUACUACUAUUAGACUUAAUGCUGUUGAAGCCACCUGGGUUGCCUAGUUAUAUGGACCUUGUCUAAUACUGUGAAGACGGUGAGCAGUUAAAAUAGUUCACUGCUCACAGAGUCCAUUUACAGUGCCUCAUGGGGGUGAAUGUGGGGGGUAUAUGUCUCUAAAUUUCCUGAAGAUGCUCUUGUCCCUCUCUCAUACCUGAUCUUUCUGGGCCCG